GUGUCCGGACGGCCGGAGAGGCCCUGGCGGUUUCCAUUCGACGAGGAGUAAGGGGGGGUGUUAUAGCUGGACGAGACCAUGGGGAAACUGAACAUCGUUUUGUUCCGAUACCUUUCCCGGGACCACUUCAGGGUACUAACGGCGGUGGAAAUGGGCAUGAAGAACCAUGAAAUAGUCCCUCCUAGCUUGAUUGCUUCCAUUGCCAGCCUCAAACAUGGGGGAUGUAACAAAAUUCUAAGAGAAUUAGCAAAGCACAGACUCCUGGCCUAUGAGCGAACCAAAACUGUCCAAGGCUAUCGAUUAACUAAUGGAGGAUAUGAUUAUCUUGCUUUGAAAACCCUUUCUUCUCGACAAGUUAUCAGUUCUGUUGGAAACCAGAUGGGUGUUGGAAAAGAAUCAGAUAUUUAUAUUGUUGCUAAUGAAGAAGAACAACAAUUUGCAUUAAAGUUGCAUAGACUUGGGAGAACAUCUUUUCGGAACUUAAAGAACAAACGCGAUUACCAUAAACACAGGCACAAGAUGUCAUGGCUGUAUCUGUCACGUCUUGCUGCAAUGAAGGAAUUUGCCUAUAUGAAGUGUUUGCAUGACAGAAAAUUUCCUGUUCCAAAACCAUAUGACUACAAUAGACAUGCAGUAGUAAUGGAACUUGUCAAUGGUUAUCCACUGUGUCAAGUGCAUCACCUCAAAGACCCUGCCUCUCUGUAUAAUGAGUUAAUGGAAUUAGUCGUCAAGCUUGCAAACCAUGGUUUGAUCCAUGGUGAUUUCAAUGAAUUCAAUCUCAUGUUGGACAGCGAAGACCGGAUCACGAUGAUUGAUUUUCCCCAAAUGGUGUCAACCUCUCACCCCAAUGCUGAAUGGUAUUUUGACAGAGAUGUGAAAUGCAUUCGUGAUUUCUUCAUGAAGCGCUUCAGCUAUGAAAGUGAACUCUAUCCAACAUUCAAGGAUAUUACGAGGGAGUGUUCGCUCGAUGUCGAAAUUGCAGCCAGCGGGUACACCAAAGAAAUGCAGGAAGAUGAUGAACUUCUUUAUCCAACUUGCCCUCAUGAUGAGGGCCAUAAAACUGAGUUUUCUCCUGACGGACAAGUUCCUAAAGGGGAAAUGACUGCAUGUAGUGGCACAGAUCAAAAGACGGAUGGAAGCUUCACAGAUGAGGUAGAAGAGGCCUCUGACAUUUCAGAGCAAACUAGCGAAGAAGAGAAUGCUGAUGAAAGUGAGCAAGGUUUAGAUUUGCAGGAGUUCAGCUGUGCCUUACAACAAGUUGAAGGGCAAAUGAUUGUUGCUGGAGCUGGGGCUAAUGCAGAAAGCUCUGCAAUUGAUUUUUCUGAGGACAAAAGGAAAAUUGAAAAAUCCAGCAAAAUUGAAGAUCGGUCAGGUCAAGGGGAAGAUCCUGCUGACAAAGAACAUGAAGAUGAAUGCCCUGAUCUGGUUGACUUGUCAACAUUAAACAGGGAAUUCAGGCCUUUCAGAGAUGAAGAGACCCUUUUCCACAUCAAUGAUCACAGGACAAGGACUACUAGUGUAACUUCAGUAGAAAGUGCUGGAGGCUGUUCAACAAUUCCAGCAGAACUGGUAAAACAGAAGAUAAAGCGUCAGCUGACUAAACAGCAAAAAGCUGCUGUCCGACGGCGGCUGCAGAAAGGAGAAGCUAAUGUUUACACCAAACAGCGGCGUGAGCACAUGUACAAUAUCAAGUCAAGUUUGGAUGCAGCUAGCUUCUGGGGCUGACACCCAACAGAAAUAUGUUCCCUCUUUUUUUGUGCCUCACAAAUCACUGAAAGUAUUCUGUUCUUUUUAUUGUAAACCUGAGUAUGAUUCAAGGCUAUGUACAUGAUUAAAUUUAAAAUUAAAGAGAUUAAAUGGACUACAGAGAGACUGAGCUCCUCCAGCCUACUUGAGGCCUGCCCAGGUGUGCCAUGUCUUGGGUAUGUCCAGUUUGAUUUGUUUACUUCGGAUGGCGGGUCCCACCCCUAGAGCUAAUGGGCUAUGCAGGUUGACUUCUGGGGUGGGGGCGGGGUGGGGGCUUUGAUUCGGCCGAAGAAGUGACUGUUCCUUUCUUGUCUGCUCCAGGCUUAUAAAUAAGGGGCUUCAGCUGCAUAAUUUAUCACAUACAGAUGUAAUUGCCAGAGAAACUAAACUUAGAAUUUAGCAUAUAGGAGUCGUUAACUGGUUAUCAGCCCAACCCUAUGCAUGUAGAUCAACAUCUGGAAAGUGUGCACAGGAUUGUACUGCUGGAUUUCGAAGUAAGGCUACAAUGCUAUGCACACUUUUCAGGGAGUAAGUUACAUUGAACACAGUGGGACAGGUAUAAAGUUUAAAAUAAAGCCCAUAAAAUGCAAUAAUCAAGCAUAGAAACAAGCUGCAAAGAUGUUUAGGAGAUGGGUGUAAGGCAGGUACAAAUCCACAAGCUGAAGCAACUUGUGGCUGACAUUUUAAGACCAAUUGACAACACAGUUAAAUUAAUUACUACGUAGACCCAUUAAUUGCAUGGGGACGAAACUGCCUUAAAGUCUUUGAAGUAGUUGAUGUAACACCUUCAGCAGUAUUUUGAUUUCUGAGCUUGAACAAAGGUUAGCAAGUCUUUAAUGAAUAGCAGAGCUUUGAACCCAGAAUCUCUCAUUUGAUUUUUCUCCACACCCCUGAGGUUUUAGGUAUAAAUCCUGCCCAAACUGACAAGUAAUAAAAAUGAUUUUGCACAGGCCUUGCUGGCACUCCAUCUCUGAGCAGGUCUGUGCAACUGCUAAUAUUUUUUUGUCAUAUGCAUUCAACAAUUUACUAGAUGGCCUAUUACAGAAGAUCUUGAAAAUUCUUUAGCCAGGAGCAUUUCGCUGAAGUGUUGCGUUUCCAAAGCAUGUAACAUUUCCUACUUAACAGAAAUAGAAGCAAACAGUUGUUAUGCUGGGUGUAAUUUAGCAUAGAAGUUUGUUAACUUCACAAAAAAUAUUUGGAAAAUGUUAAAAAAUAAAAAUCUAAGAAUGCCUUUGCAAA